AUGCUUGCUUUUCUUAUCUUUUCCAACAUGAGACCCUUGGAUCCAGACGAGUUAGCAUUUAGGCGUCGGGCGCUGAGAGACGCUGUUAUAUGCAUAGGAUGGAUCAAACUCAUAUCAACAAUCUGUUACAUUAUAUUAUACUUUCUCGUCGCAGCGAAUAGCAAGGGGCGAAUGUCUGAGGUUAUACAAAUAAUGAUUCUGGCAAUUAUACCGCCGUUAGUUCUUAAUGGAGUUUUGCUGUUCCUAGGCGCUUUAGAGGAAAAGGCGAUAGCUCUCGAAGUGGCGCUAUGGAUGUGUCUAAUCAUCGCCUCGUACAACACAGUGCUCGGCGUCACCGGCGGCGUCUACUUCAUCCGCACCGGUCACUUCACAAUGCACUUUAUGUUGGCGGUCGUGUUUGGAAUGCUGGCCCUAUCCUUGUGCACCGUCAUAUGCCACGACGUUCUAAUAAUUUUCUCGUACAAAAGGCUCCUGCAGUCCUUAUGA